AAGGCCACGGGCCCGUCUCUUUAAUUUUUGUUUUGAUUGGUGAAUUUUGGCAGGGAUUAGCAUGGACGAUCCGCUCAAGCCGAAGCCAGUGCCGCUGGCCGCCGAGACGGUGCUCUGGUUCGAGUUCCUGCUCGAUCCGCACAAGAUCACGCAGCACCUGCAGCGCCCGCAUCCCGAGCCCAGUGCCAUGGAGCUGAUCAUGCAGUUCAUCAGCAUGACGCCGGACACGGCGAUGGCGUCGGUGGUGACGCCCGGCAGCGAUCUGCAGGGUCUGAACCAGGUGCCACCUGGUGCCGGGCCCAUUCCCGGCGUGGUUGGAGGUGCCGCUGCCCCCACAACGCCCACUGCCUCCGGCGGAGUGGGCAUGCCCCACAGUCCACAGAGGCCAGGCGAGACUGGCCUGCAACUGACCAGGAAGCAGCUAGCCCUCAAGAUCCUGGAGCUCAAGGUGGCCACCUGGCUGAAGUGGGACCUGGAUGCGCUGGAGAAGAACCUGCCUGUGAUUAUGCAGCUGGCCCUGCUGCGCGAUCUGUGCACCAUUAGCUACGGCUGCUCCUUGAGUAUUCCCCUGCCUAGUGAUUUCGACCUGAAGAUUUCCACCGCCGGCAACGAAAGAGCAGCGAGAUUCGCUCUCACCAUUUACCACCGCUUGCUGCUGCGACUGCAACUGAUUAAGGAACAGGCGCUCAAGACGCCACGUCCUCCGAGUACCAUGUACCAAACUGUGGACCAGCUGCAGCAGUUCCUGGACUCACCCACCCAGCCAUCCAUCGAGUAUUUGCAGCAGCUCUGCGCCUCGGCAAAGCCCUUCUACGUAUUCCACUACGACAGCUUUGUCACCCUGCAGUGCGAUGAUCUGGGCACUGGCCAGAACUACGACAUCAUGCACCUGAUCACGCCACAGGAGCUGAGGGCCCAGUUGCACUACGAGCUGUCGCAAUACUACCUGCACACCAAGCAGUAUGUCUUGGCCCGAGAAGCGGCCGCCGCCUGCAACAGCAAUCUGCAGGCCAUCGCGCCACAGACGACGCUCUAUUUCUGCCACAUACGACCGGCGGAGCUGGAGGGUUUGCUCCAAGCCUGUGGAAUCAGCGCCCAAGAGCAAACGCUCUUGGAGAAGUUCCAGCAAUCGCUGCUAAACAACUACACGGACAUUGUGCCCAUCCUGCGGUUGGACAACAGUGCGCGGGAAAUCCCUCUUGUAAGCCGGCGGCAGUUGGAGCUGGACAUCGAGGGCUCAAUCUCCACGGGACUACUCAAGGAAACCGUUCAGCUGCAACUGCAGGUUGCCGCCUUGAAUGUGGUGCGCAAUAUCUUCGAGUGGGGCAGCAUAUUCGGCAGCGUGGAGUACUUCGAGAAGUACAGGGAGCUGGACUGCCUGCCGCCGCUGGUGGAGGCUCUCCAGGAAGUACUGCCCCACUGCAGUCCCAAUGAGCAGCCGGCCCUCAAGCACUUCCUCAUCGACUGUUUGCUGCAUCAGAGUGCGCAGUCGCGACAAUUGCUGCAGACGGUGCGCGGACUUGGCCUGUUCUCGGCAGAGGAACUUCAGGAUCUCGACGAACAAAUGCUGCAAGCGGCGCCGCCAGUGCCCACCAAUUCGCUGGCCUCGCUGUCGGACUGGAUGUGCCACUCCAAAAUGAACCGAGUGGAUGUGGGUGCCCUGGAACGGCAACUGAUUAGCUGCACCAAUGCCAACACGGUGCGGAUUCUAUUGGUGAAGCUGUGUGGCACGGCUCCCGGAAAACCUUUGUGGGCGAUAAAUCCCAGCUGGGACGUACCGCAGCCCCUGAAAACCCUGAUCAUGGCCAUGCCGGUGAGCUUUCUGCAGGACUUCAGCUAUGUGCUGCUGGGCAAGGCGCGAGAACUGGCCACCAGGGGAAACUACAUAGAUGCCGUUUCGAUGCUAAGUGUCCUGAAGUCGGAAACGCAGCGCCAAGAGAUGGCGGCCAAUGUGCAGCUAAUGUGCAAGCUGCUCACCUGGGAAAUCCUGCACAUCCAGAUAACCCAAUGCCUGGAUGAGUGGCACCAGAAGCCACUGGAUCUACAGGCUUUGGGAGGAAGGUGCAAACAGUGUCUGGGAGCCCUGCAGGCGGGUGAUUCAAUGAUCCCACGGCCGGAGAUCUUGGAAAGCUGCGCCAUCAUGCUGCUUAACCUCACGGAAUUCUCACCGCUUCUUUACCUGGACAAACGUGCGGGUCCUCUGGAAUUGCCCCUCGCUUUCGCAGCCACAUUCAUCGAGAUGGAGAAGAUGAAGGGGCCCAAGAAGGUGUGCCGUGAUGCCUGGGAACUGAUGCUGAGCAUGUUCCUCAACGUCCCGAAAAGGGGCUCCGCUGGAGUGGGCGGGAUCAGCUCCCUGCAGGCUUUUCUACAGCGCAUCCGCCACCAGAGCGUAUUCGGUCUGGCCAUCUCCAUGAUAGGCAAGAUCCACAAUAUCCUCAAGGACGACCCCAACCAUGAUCUAAGCUGCGAGUAUAUGCAGCUGUGGCCAACCAGCAUUAACAACCCCAUCAGCUACAGUUUAAGGAGCGUGUGCGAGAUCCUGCAAUGGCUCAUAUCCGAGGCCUUGUCCUACUAUCCGCAGACCAUUUCCUGGCUGAAGAUGAAGGGAGAUCUGGACCUGGCCAUCGGCAACAACGAGUCUGCCAUGCGGUGCUAUGUAAAUGCCCUGGUCACUGGCACGGAUUACUGCACGAUGCCGCUGCAGAGGAAUGUGGCCGACGACUAUGUCAUCCGCAAGAUGAUUCGAUGUGCCGCCAACCUGGGAUGCCACAUGCAGGCCACCGUCCUGUGCCAGUUCCUCGAAGAGAUCGACUACGGCAUUGUGUUUAAGAAUCUCAGCGAGAAGUCAUCAAACUUCACGGAUGCCAUGGAUGCGUAUUACAGCUGUAUUUGGGACACCACGUUGCUGGAGUUCAUCGUUAAUCUGCAUGCAAAACGAGGCGAACACAGUCGGAAACUUGAAGCGAUCUCUAUGAUGGGCACCCUGGAGCUGAAUGCGAACAACAACGAGGAGAUCAAACGAGAGUGCGCCAUGGUUCGAAAGUCACGAUUCCUGCGCGCCCUGGCCAAGCAGUAUUUGCUGUAGUCGCAGCCCCCCACAAUCCAAACUAUAAUUCAAAAUCCAAUAUCCAUAAUCCAACAUCCCAACCUCACCCGCGCCCACAAGCAGACCAACUAGCAUUAAGCUCAAAGAUGUAGUUUUUAUCGUAAGCAUAGGCUUUAAAUACGGUUAAGUUAAAAUUAAAGAAUUGUACGUUUUUCCAGA